UUCAGUUAAACUCGGUUCCGUCCUAUAUUGCUUUGUUUUGGAGCAGAGAAAGAAACUAGCAACACACAACUCAACAAAAUUUCCCUCAAAAUUCAACCCUGUUCUGAACCUGUGUACUGUGAAGUGAUUUUUCUUGUUCCAUGGCUCUUCACUGUGGUUCUUUCUGCUUCACAAGUGUCGCUUCUAAUCCUCUAGGUUCAGUCAAGUUUAGUCACCCCAUUGUUAAAGCUUCGCUGUUUCCUUCCCCUUUUUGCCCUCCUAAUGUUCGAUUGAAUGCUAAAGGAAAGGCAAAGGCAAUACCUGGAGAUGGGAGAUCUGAAACAGAGGAAUUGCCUCUAGUUGUUUGUUUUGGGGAAAUGCUCAUUGAUUUCGUCCCAACUGUUAGCGGUCUUUCUUUGGCUGAUGCACCUGCAUUUAAAAAGGCUCCAGGGGGAGCUCCUGCUAAUGUUGCUGUAGGCAUAGCUCGAUUAGGAGGUUCAUCGGCUUUUAUUGGAAAGGUUGGUGAGGACGAAUUUGGAUAUAUGCUUGCUGAUAUACUCAAGGAAAAUAAUGUAAACAACCAAGGGAUGCGUUUUGACCCUGGUGCACGUACUGCCUUAGCAUUUGUUACACUGAGAAGUGACGGAGAACGAGAGUUCAUGUUUUAUCGUAAUCCCAGUGCUGAUAUGCUGCUCCAAGAAGAUGAACUAGACUUGGACUUAAUCAGAAAGGCCAAAAUCUUUCAUUAUGGUUCGAUCAGUCUUAUAACAAAACCAUGCAAAUCGGCUCAUAUAGCUGCAGCAAAGGCAGCAAAAGACGCCGGUGUAUUUCUGUCUUAUGACCCUAAUUUGAGGCUUCCUUUAUGGCCUUCUGCAGACAGCGCUAGAGAAGGAAUUCUGAGUAUAUGGGAUACUGCAGAUAUCAUCAAGAUAAGUGAAGAAGAGAUUUCUUUUCUUACAAAUGGUGAGAAUCCAUAUGAUGAUGCCGUUGUACGAAAACUUUUCCAUCCAAACCUCAAGCUACUUCUUGUUACUGAAGGUUCAGAAGGUUGCAGAUAUUACACCAAGGAGUUUAGUGGUAAAGUGAAGGGAAUGAAGGUGGAUGCAGUUGACACAACCGGAGCUGGUGACGCAUUUGUGGCCGGAAUAUUAUCACAAUUAGCUACAGAUCUUUCAUUACUUCAGAAAGAAGAACAAUUGAGAGAUUCUCUCAAAUUUGCCAAUGCUUGUGGUGCAUUGACUGUGACUGAGAGAGGCGCGAUUCCAGCAUUGCCCACAAAGGAAACUGUUCUGAAUGCCCUACUUGAACCUGUAUUGUAAUUUCACAUCCCAAUAUUUAUUUUUCUUUGGUGAGUUUUAGGAGCUUAUUGAGUUAAUGCAGUAAAUAAGAGCCAAGUGUUCUAAUAAUUUGGCAAAUGCUAUUUUCAAGCAAAAUUCUGUCCAGCACUCUAGUCCAUUGCUUGAUAAUAAAGAGUCAUUCUUUAUCCAA